UGGAGCCGGGACGCGAGAAACAGAGGAACCAGGAAGCCAUAAGGAGGAGGUGGAGCAGCGGGUGGGUCAAGAUGCCGCGGCCGCAGGAGGAGCUCGUGGAGUCGUGGUUACCCCCAUCCCCGUGCAAGCUGACUUGGCGUCCAAGGGCAGAGUCCAUACCACAAGGAUCUGGAGCUCAGGAGAGACUUGUGGUCCACAUCGCGAGAAAGCUGUGGGAAUCCAAAUACUGUGGCGAUUGGCAGCCGCGUAGGCGAGGCGGGCUGGAGACCCGCCCGGAUUUAGGCGCGAGCCACCUCCAGGGGCGGCGCCCAGGCCGCACUGCGCAGGCGCGGCUAACCCGUUUCCAUGGCUGCGAGAACUCACGCUCCCCAACCGUCCCACAACUGUCCUGUCCCAGACUUUGGCACCGUCGGGGUCCGUCGUCGCCGAGUGUGUCAGCAUCCCCACCCCGGCUGCUGCCCAGGAUCCGCCGGACCCCGGCCUCGAUAUGGGAGACCUGGAACUGCUGCUGCCUGGGGAAGCUGAAGUGCUGGUGCGGGGUCUGCGCAGCUUCCCGCUACGCGAGAUGGGCUCCGAAGGGUGGAACCAGCAGCACGAGAACCUGGAGAAGCUGAACAUGCAAGCCAUCCUCGAUGCCACAAUCAGCCAGGGCGAGCCCAUUCAGGAGCUGCUGGUCACCCAUGGGAAGGUCCCAACGCUGGUGGAGGAGCUGAUCGCAGUGGAGAUGUGGAAGCAGAAGGUGUUCCCCGUGCUCUGCAGGGUGGAGGACUUCAAGCCUCAGAACACCUUUCCCAUCUACAUGGUGGUGCACCACGAGGCCUCCAUCAUCAACCUCUUGGAGACAGUGUUCUUCCACAAGGAGGUGUGUGAGUCAGCAGAAGACACUCUCUUGGACUUGGUAGACUAUUGCCACCGCAAACUGACUCUGCUGGUGGCCCGGAGUGGCUGUGGUGGCCCCCCUGAAGGGGAGGGGUCCCAGGACAGCAACCCCAUGCAGGAGCUGCAGAAGCAGGCAGAGCUGAUGGAAUUUGAGAUUGCACUGAAGGCCCUCUCAGUACUGCGCUACAUCACAGACUGUGUGGACAGCCUCUCUCUCAGCACCUUGAGCCGUAUGCUUAGCACACACAACCUGCCCUGCCUCCUGGUGGAACUGCUGGAGCAUAGUCCCUGGAACCGGCGGGAAGGAGGCAAGCUGCAGCAGUUCGAGGGCAGCCGUUGGCAUACUGUGGCCCCCUCAGAGCAGCAAAAGCUGAGCAAGUUGGACGGGCAAGUGUGGAUAGCCCUGUACAACCUGCUGCUAAGCCCUGAGGCCCAGGCGCGCUACUGCCUCACAAGUUUUGCCAAGGGACAGCUACUCAAGCACCUGCAUCACACUGGCCUCCACUGGACACUCUUGCAGCUUCGGGCCUUCCUCACAGACACACUACUGGACCAGCUGCCCAACCUGGCCCACUUGCAGAGUUUCCUGGCCCAUCUGGCCCUGACUGAAACCCAGCCCCCUAAGAAGGACCUGGUGUUGGAACAGAUCCCAGAAAUCUGGGAGCGGCUGGAGCGAGAAAACAGAGGCAAGUGGCAGGCAAUUGCCAAGCACCAGCUCCAACACGUGUUCAGCCCCUCAGAGCAGGACCUGCGGCUGCAGGCACAAAGGUGGGCUGAGACCUACAGGCUGGACGUGCUAGAGGCAGUGGCUCCAGAGCCGCCCCGCUGUGCUUACUGCAGUGCAGAGGCUUCUAAGCGCUGCUCGCGAUGCCAGAAUGAGUGGUAUUGCUGCAGGGAGUGCCAAGUCAAGCACUGGGAAAAGCAUGGAAAGACUUGUGUCCUGGCAGCCCAAGGUGACAGAGCCAAAUGAGGGUUACAGUUGCUGAGGGCCAACCACCUAUGCCAAGGGAAUCCACCCAGAAUGCACCCCUGAACCUCAAGAUCACGGUCCAGCCUCUGCCGGAGCCCCAGUCUCCACAGUGGAGAGCAGAGCGGGCGGUAAAGCUGCUGACCCAUCCCCCUCCUCCCCACCCCAAGGGAAGGCUCGAGACUUCCUGCCCCACCUGGUGGGCAGGCCAAGUGUGUUGCCUCAGCAAACUGGGCCAGGAGGGCGAAGGCCGGAUGUGGGGACCCUCUUCCUCUAGCACAGUAAAGCUGGCCUCCAGAAAUA